AUGUUCUCUAGGGUUUCACUAAAGCGCGACUCGUUUAGAUUGUUCCAAGUUCAACCUUACAUAGGAGAUAAUUCCAACCGUUCGCUUCCUUUUACUCUACUCCACCAUCCCCCCUCGCCUCCCCGUCCCCCCGUCCCACCCUUGCGGUCCUUGCACGGACUCAAACCGUCCGCGCCACAGGCUGCAGCGUUUUCCGCGCUGGUGCUGCUGGCGGUGCUGUGCUGGGCGUUCAUCUCCGCCAUGCAGUCCCCGGACAACUCCCUCCCCCUCCACCUGCGCACACAACGCCUAGACGCCGCCGCGCUCGCCGUUCUCUCCAUCCAACAGCCCCUCCCCCCCUCUCCGUUCUCUCUCCCCCUCCUCAUCUCCCAACCCCGCCCUUCCACUCGUCGUCCCCUUGACCCCCCUUCCUCUAGAAUCCUUCCUCUGUGUGCCCAAUCAGUUCGUUGCCCUAAUCGGGAUCCCUUCCCCCCUUUGCUCAUCCGCCCAUCCAUCCCCGGGCCCCAGUGUGCCUUCAUUUCCUCCCUUUCUCCCUUUCCUUCGUUUCCCCCCUCUCCUCCCGUUUUCCCCACUUUCCCCCCCUUCCCCCCCAUCUCCCUGCUCCUGCCUUCCCGCAUUCAACAGAGGUUGCAAUACGCGGCAGUGGCGCAGGCAAUGGCGCUGACGUCAGCGCUGAACGCCGUGACCAGAAGCAACGUCAGCACUGUUCUUUCUCUCACCAUAUUUCCCCAUCGUCCCCUCUACCACCACCAUCUCCAUGCCCCUCCCUCCCGCUCCCACCCAACCGCUCCUCCGUCCCCUCUCCCCUUACCACUGCAGGCCCUGCUGGUCACGUCCUUCCCCUUCAUUCGGCCUGAUCCGUCUCUCCACAUCGCCACAUUCGUUGCCCCAGACAGCUCUCUUACCGGCUACCUGCGCCCCUCGCUAGACGGCUUGCUGUCUCGUCUGCCAUCUCCACCGCACCGCACCAUUCCGAGUUUCAUAGACCGCAAGGGGCGAGAAACUCUGCUGGUAGUAAGUGCCAGCUCAGCAAGUGCCACGUCAGUGGGUGCUAGCCUGGCAGCUGUAUCCCUUGCUGACGUGGCAGCAGCAUGGGCUGGCAUCAGCAUCAACUCUGGCAGCAGGCCAGCCAGUCCUGAAGAAACCCAGAAGCUUCCUUCGCGUCUGCUGCUUGUUUCAGCCACUGGAGGGCUUUUGCUGUCCUCUUCUGGCGCAGCGGGUGGGCCCUUAGCACCCAAUGAUGUCAUAGUGACGUCAGCAAUGUCUGCGUUAGGGUUAGGCAAACCUGCUGAGUCAGCAGUGCCUGUGGUGGAAGCAGCUCCGGUUAACACGUCAGCAGCAGCGUUCGGCAGCUCCACCACAUGCCCUGGAGCUCUCUCCCUCCGCCCCGCCUCCCCUUCAAUCCUUUUCCGCAUGCAUCUGCUCUCCCUCGCCACUCCUCUCUCUACCCCGUUACAUCUAAACUGUCGUGUGCACCUCGCGUCCCUCUCACCCUCCCCUCCCCCACUCGCCUCCCCCGCUCUCCCCUUGCAGAUCAUUGUUGGGAUGAAGUGGGGUGAAGUUGGGUGGAGUGGGGUGGAGUGGGGUGGAGUGGGGUGGAGUGGGGUGAAGUGGGGUGGAGUGGGGUGGAGUGGGGUGAAGUGGACAAUUGAAGGCCUCUCUGCUGCUCUCCCUCUCGGCUCUCUUCUCCUGCGCGCUGCCGCUCGUCAAUUACCUUUUCUCUCGUGCCUUGCAUCUCAUUCCCUCUCUUCCACGCCCUUCCCCCCACGCCCUCUCCUCUGUGGUGCGAUGGCAGGACGAGAGGCAGAUGAUGCUCACCAAGAGGGCAGAAACGAGGUCCCAGACCAAGAGCGCCUUCCUAACCAGCCGAGUCACGAGCUGCGCACACCCAUGGCGAGCAUCCUGGGGCUGCUGGACCUGAGCGCCUUCCUAGCCAGCAUGAGUCACGAGCUGCGCACACCCAUGGCGGUCAUCCUGGGGCUGCUGGACCUGAGCGCCUUCCUAGCCAGCAUGAGCCACGAGCUGCGCACACCCAUGGCGGCCAUCCUGGGCCUGCUGGACCUGGUGCUGUGCGAGGACCUGCUGCCCGAGGUGCAUGUGAACGUGCAGCAGAUCAAACUGGCGGCCACGGCCCUGCUAGGCCUGCUCAACUCGAUUCUCGAUCUUAGCAAGGUGGAAGCAGGCAAGCUGGUGCUGGAGUGUGUCGACUUUGACAUCCGCAAAGACCUCGAACUUAUCGUGGAGAUAUUUUCCGUGCAGGCUUUAACGAAAGGCACGGAGAUCUCUCUAGACCUUUCAGAUGAUUUAACCCGCAUGGUGCGGGGCGACCCGCACCGCGUGCGGCAGGUGUUCAACAACCUGCUCUCCAACUCCAUCAAGUUCACCCCCAAUGGCCACAUCGUCAUCCGCGCCUGGAACCGCGCUGCUCAUGGUCAGCAGCACGGGCAGCAUGGGCAGCAGUACGGGCAGCAGCAGCAGCAUGGGCAGUUGCAGGGGCAGCAGCACGGGCAGUUGGGAUGGGCGGAAGGGGAGCGGGUGGCGCUGCAAGGGGGAGGGUCAGGGGCGAUGGAGGGGAGUCAGCACGGGGGAGGGGAACCGGGCGGGGGGGAGGAGAAGGAGAGGGGGAAGGGGAAGGUGGAGCUGGUGUUUGAGCUGGAGGAUACGGGGUGUGGUGUGCCCAAGGACAAGAGGGAGGCGAUCUUUGAGACGUACGGGCAGGCAGACCAGGCGCAUGGGCGGAUCGGCACGGGGCUGGGACUGGCCAUCGUGCGAUCACUGGGUUUGGUGUUGGAGAGUGGUGUUGGAGAGUGGUGUUGGAGAGUGGUGUUGGAGAGUGGUGUUGGAGAGUGGUGUUGGAGAGUGGUGUUGGAGAGUGGUGUUGGAGAGUGGUGUUGGAGAGUGGUGUUGGAGAGUGGUGUUGGAGAGUGGUGUUGGAGAGUGGUGUUGGAGAGUGGUGUUGGAGAGUGGUGUUGGAGAGUGGUGUUGGAGAGUGGUGUUGGAGAGUGGUGUUGGAGAGUGGUGUUGGAGAGUGGUGUUGGAGAGUGGUGUUGGAGAGUGGUGUUGGAGAGUGGUGUUGGAGAGUGGUGUUGGAGAGUGGUGUUGGAGAGUGGUGUUGGAGAGUGGUGUUGGAGAGUGGUGUUGGAGAGUGGUGUUGGAGAGUGGUGUUGGAGAGUGGUGUUGGAGAGUGGUGUUGGAGAGUGGUGUUGGAGAGUGGUGUUGGAGAGUGGUGUUGGAGAGUGGUGUUGGAGAGUGGUGUUGGAGAGUAGUGUUGGAGAGUGGUGUUGGAGAGUGGUGUUGGAGAGUGGUGUUGGAGAGUGGUGUUUGGGUCUGGUGGAGAUGAUGGGGGGCAAGAUAGCCGUAGUGGACAAGCCCACGGCCGGUCCAGGCUCUCUGUUCCGCUUCAACCUCUCGCUGGACUGCCCCGACCCCGCAGCAGCAGCCGUGCGCGUGGGGGGCGAGGCGGAGGAACAGGAGAAGGAGAGCUGGCGGCUGGAGGCGCCUCUGAUGCGCGCGCUGUGGGACGGGGACGUGCUGCUGGUGAUGGGCGCGUGCCCGGGGAGGGAGGUGGCGGGGAAGUGGUUAAGGCAGCGAGGGCUGACGGUGGUGGAGGUGGGCGCGUGGGAAGAAAUGGUCGACCGCAUUCGCCAGGUAGCAACAGCAGCGGAGGAGAAGGCAAGGGCAACGGAGGCAGCAUACGAGCGCAUGAGGAUGGACGACCCGUUGCUGCUCCUCCCAUCCUUCCCCAACGCCAACCCUAACCCUAACCCUAAUUCUGACUCCACUGCCGCCCAGCCCCUAAGCUCUGCCGAUGCUUUUGCCGCCCUGCAAAGGUUCGGAGAUCCGCCAGCAGCGGCAGCAGGUUCGGGAGAAGCAGGGAAGGAAGGUUCGGGACCAGGUUCGGCGGCGCCCUGGCUGAGGGUUGGGGGUCUGGGGGCAGGGGGAGGGGGAGGGGGAGGAGGGUUGGGAGGGGGGCUGCGCAGGCAAACCAGUCUGGGGGUGGCUCUCGGGGGAGGGGGGGGAUUAGGGGGAGCGUUGGGGGGAGGUUUGGGGGGAGGAGGGGUGGAUCUGGAAAGCUUUAAGAAGGGUAUCCUGUCGCUGGGCCUCAGGGACGCUGGUGGCAGUGCUGGGUCUCUGCUCUCGGCAGGUAGUGGGGGAGGUGGAACUGGGGGAGGUGGAGGAGGAGGGGGAGGAGGAGCGGGGGGAGCGGGAGGGAGUGGUGAUGGCAUGAGGAAUGGGUUCGGGAGUGAGAUAUCAGGAGCAGGGGUGGAGGCAGGGGGGAGGAUACCUGGAGUGGCUUCUGUAGAGGCAGCAGCAGGAGGAGGAGCAACAGCAACAGGUGAGGCAACAGCAGGAGGAGGAGCAGCGGGGGAGAAGGGCAGCAGCAGCAGUAGUGUGAGUGGGAUCCGCAGUGCAGGCAGCUCUCCUCUGCGGUUAGCGCGCAUAGCCAGUGUGAGCAGCGGGCACAGGCGACAGAGCAGCCUGGAGCGAAUCGGAGCACUCUUUGGCGGCGCAGGGGGGGGACCAGGGGGCGGGGGAGAAAAAGAUGCAGGAGGGGUAGGGGUGGCUGGAUGGGAGGCGCCUGGUAAGAGUGGUUUAGCCAAGGAAGGGAUGGGAGGUGGAGGGGCAGAAGGGGGAGCAGGAGGGGGAGCAGGAGGGGGAGCAGGAGGGGGAGCAGGAGGGGGGCCAGGAGGGUGGCCAAGGGGAGGAUUGGAAAGAUCAGGGAGUUUGCAGUCUGAUAAGAAGGUUCUAGGAGGGGGAGGAGCAGCAGGGGGCGGUGCUGGUGGUGGGCUGUGGAAGCAAGGAAGCCUGACUCUUGGGAAGGUGUUUCGGCGGGGCAGUGGGGGCAGUGAUGCGAGCUCUGGUGGGGCUGGUGGGGGUGUGGGCAGCAGCGGCGGCAGCGGGAGUAGUAGCAGCACGAGCGUGGCGGGUGGGGGCAACAGCUCUCUGCCUGUCAUGUGGUUGGUUGCUGCUAACACGCCUGCCUCGGUGCGUGAGCGGUUGAGAGCGGCCGGGUGCGAUACUAUUGUGUCGAAGCCCCUGCAUCCGACUAGGAUGGAGCAGCUGUUGAAUCUGGCUAUGGAUAUCAAGUAUGGGAUUGGGGGGAAUGCGGAGGGGGGGGUGGGAGGGGAGCGAGGGGGUGAGGAAGGGGAGGAGAGAGGUGGGGAUGGGGAGGGAGAGGGGGAUGGUGGGGGAGGUGAGGGAGGUGGAGGAGGAGGGGUGUGGGGGGUUCUGGACGAGUUGGGGAAGGAGAAAGGGAGAGAGAGAGGGAGGGAGAAGGGAGGGAAGGGAGGAGGGAAGGAAGGGAAGGAGGGGAAGGGGCGCAAGAGUAUAAAUGUGAAUGUGAGGAUUCAGAGGUGUUUGAGUGCAGUGGAUGAGGAGUUGAGUCAUGCAGACGAGAUGAGUAAUGGGGAUGAGUCCUGCCUCACCACCCCUGUUGGGAGUUCUGAGUUUGACCUCACUACCCCGAGGUCUGGUGAUGGGGCGUGGGAAGGGAGAGAGGGAAGGGACAGGAGGGAUGGUAGAGACAGGAGGGAGGAGAUGGGAGGGAGGGUAGGAAGAAGUGGGGAAGGGGCGAGGGAGCAGAGGGAUGAUGAGAGUGAUGGUGACGAUGGGGAAAGAGGAGAAAGAGGGGAUAGAUGGGAGAGAGGGGAGCGAGGAGAAAGAAGAGAAGGAGGGGAGAGAGCGGAAAGAGUGGAGAGGAGAGAAAGAGGGGAGAGAGGGGAAAGAGCAGAAAGAGGAGAGAGAAGGGAUGGCCAAUAUCGUUCGCAAAGGAGGAAGGAGGGUUCUGAGAGUGGUGAUAGCGACAGAUACGGCGAGGGAGCAGGGGACUCACGAGGGGCAGGAGGGGCAAUCACACCCAGAACGCCCCGAAACCUUCUUGUGCCGUUCCCUCGCUCGGAAUCCCGGGGGUCUCAAGACGGGAGCAAAGCGGGCGGGCAGGAGGAGCACAGACGCAGUUCUUUCCGAAAAGACUCGGUGGCUUCACUCUCACUCAUCUCGCCUCACUCCCCCUCGUCUCUCUCCUCCUCCUCUUCUCCCUCCAUGGAUCGCUCUGCUAGUGGACGGCUCUUGCCGGCCAUUGACUCGCUCUUCUCCCCUCGCAAACACUCGCAGUCGCAUCGUGCCUCCGCCUCCUCGUCCUCUUCGUCUCGUGCCAAGCGUAGUGGCAGCGGCAGUGGCAGCAGAAGCAGGGAGAGGAGCGGAGGGGGUGCAAGUGCGUCGGCUGCAUCGGCCCACCAGAAGGCUGUUUUGGGCCCGGCGUCAGCUCUGGCAGGUGUGCACAUCCUAUUGGCCGAGGACGUGGCGAUGCUGCAGCGGGUGGCGGUGCUGAUGCUGAAGAAGAUGGGCGCGACGGUGGUGGCGGUGAGCAACGGUCAGGAGGCGUUGGAUGCGGUGACAAGGCAGAUUCGAGGGGAGGUGGACGGGGGAGAGGCGUUUGACCUCGUGCUUAUGGACUGCCAGGUGCGUGUGUGUUGGGGGGAGGUCGUAGGAGGAGAAGGGAGGGUCAGAGGGACUGCUGGACUGCCAGAGAGAGGAGGGGGGGAGGGAGGGGGAGAAGGGUGGGGAUAG